AUGAACCGCAGAGUGCCGAUGUCAAUUGCACUCGACUGCGAGUUUGUUAAAACGAAGGGGCGUGUGAUAGUAAGCUCUAUUGCCUUUGUACCGUUCGCCUCCUUCAAGGCGCCCUUGCGACAAACCCAUUCUGUAGGUCACGCAAGGAGCGGAACGGGGGUUGCCAAGGCUCAAGCUCAUGCCGAACAAUCCGCGAGGCCGUGCAUGAUAACGUCCGGCGGUUCCACCAUCUUGAGCUUGGAUCCGACGGAGGUUAUGCGGCAUGCCGAUGUGCUACCUUGCGGGCACUGUCUCAUGCCACUGCUUCAGGGAGAAACGGCGGUAGGCAGCAAACAGUCUCUUACGGCCGUCGAGCCCCACCCGUCCACAACCGGGAAAGAGAAGUUGCCGAGGAACUAUGAGAAAAUGUUGCGCAUAGUGCGGUCGGAGGCAGGUUUGGAGACUCUUUGCCCGCAUAGCAUCCCAAACAUUCGACGCCUUGAUAAGACAUGGCUUCGCGCACUUCAUGUGGCGGCGGUAAAUUCAGCCGAGUUCCGGGAUGCUUCAGCCCAUUUAGACCACCUACGGACUUACGGAAAUGGGGGACGCCAACGUUGGGCCAUUUCCUUUCUGAUGAAGCAACACCCACAAGUUCUGCAGGAUCUUCUGCGAAAAAACUUUACCACAGACGAUGCCUGGUGUCAAUGGCUCUCCGCGUGCGGAGACACCGUUGAAUCGGAACUCCAACGAGUGGCUCAAGAACACCGCCGCAUUUCGUCAGCUCAGAGCGAGCGCAAGGCACACAGCAAACCCGGCGACCAUCCCCUAGAUAGCUGCGGUGUACAGUACAAGGAAUGUAAGAGCUUGGAGGAGCUCCCGCGCGAGUUGAGUCGUACGUGGUCGGCCCUCAUAAGUGCACGGGCCCACGUUGGAGGAGUGAAAUUCUACACCUAUGGAAACAUGGACGCAAAGGCCAUUAAAAAUAGCCUGCAACUGUGCGGCGCCACGGCAAACCAGGCGGCCAAACCUCCCGAAGGGACUGGAAAGGGCAACUAUCACCCCAACGAAGAAGAGGAAGUUGGGUGUAACCUUCUCAAAUCACCGCAUGAGGCGAAAGUUGUCGACCUCACCCGCCACCCCCUAUUUGCGGCCUCAGGUUUUUGCAUAUCCUCCAGAAAGGCACCGCCAUUAACUGAUGCCUUGAAAAAAGCAGCAGCGGUGGAUGUUUCGGCGAGGCUUUUGCUUGAAUCAAAUUCAUCGCAUGAUCCGCUGUGGGAUGCAAAAGCCCUAGCCUGUGUAGCCGUCGCCUGUGGGGUGGUUCCUUUUUCGAACCCGCCGGUGCAAUGA